CAUUCAGAACCAGUCUCACAAUCAGGUGUACUAAGUUACUCAUCGAGCUCGUCAAUCCUUUAAGGAUUUAUUUUAAAAUAAUUCAAUAAUCAAUUCAUAAUUAUUCCGUUGAUUGUCGGAAACAAAUAAAGUUUAAUUUUUUUAUCAUUUAAAAAAUAUUAACUAUCAAAAAAUGAAGUAUUUUAUUGCUAUUCUUGCUAUUGCUGCUGUUGUAUUGGCUCAAGAAGUCGAACAGGAACGACCAAAAACAUUCAGGAGACUUAUUCCUGCAGAUGUUCUUCGUGAUUUUCCUGGUAUGUGUUUUGCAUCAACAAAAUGUUCAACAAUUGAACCAGGCAAAAAUUGGGAAUUAGCACCAUUCUGUGGUCGUUCAACUUGUGUACCAGCUGAUGACAAUUCAGGACGUUUGUUUGAACUUGUUGAAGAUUGUGGACCAUUACCAAAAGCAAAUCCAAAAUGUAAAAUAUCAGAAAAAACAAAUAAAACAGCAGCAUUCCCAGAUUGUUGUCCAAUAUUUGAAUGUGAAGAUGGUGCUAAACUUGAGUAUCCAGAAAUUCCAACAAUAACACCACCAGAACUUGUUGAAGAUGCUAAAACAGAAGAACCAACAACUGUCAAAGCUUAAAUAAUACAAAAAAAUAUAUAUCAUGUCCUUGUCCUUGAAAUAAUCGGGGUAAAACAAAAAGUCUUAAUUUUAAUUUGGAAAAAAAAUAUUCAAGUUACAUAUUGGUCAACGUAAACGUGACUUGAUUUAUCAUGAAAAUUCAUAUUCGUUGCAUGUAAAUAUUCUAUUGAUUCUCAACACGUUUUUUCUUUUUUUAUUUUUAUUUAUCUUGACACAAAAAUUAUUGAAAAAACCCUUUUCAUGUUUUUUGUUUUUUUCUCACUAUUUGAAAAA